UGCUCUUCUUCCUCGCUCAUCCCAGCGUCGAUGCCAAGAUUCCCAUGUUUCCUGUUUCUCUCGAUCCAUCCCCUGCUUGCUGCCCCCCUGGUAGUCAUCUUUGGUGACGCAAUUGAGUCAAUGAACUCAAUAAUCCCAGGUCCCGGUCUGCUGCGACGGGAGACCAAUCGGCGUUCCUGCUCAAGGAACACGGUAGAUGAACGCGGUUGAUAAUGGCUUCCACGUGGCGUCGUCGUCCUACCAACUCCCUCCCGCCGUUGGUCGCUGUCGAUUGCAACCCGUCGUUUCGCCGAGGAACAAGGCACCCUUGCGGCCAGAAACGGUGGGAAUCCAUCGAGACGGUGGGAGUUUUCAUGUUCGUCCAUUCAAGCCCAGACCGCCUCGCCGCGGAGAAGUGUCUAGAAGUACGCGCCUCCCUGGUCAUUCCCGCACGCUCGUCGCACUCGGGAUCUCGCACCCUGCGCGCGCAUCAAGCGUUCCCAUCCGACCGCUGAGCUCCGUACGCUCUCAUUCGCUGCCGCACCUUGUGCACGUCCCGCCGCUCGGACGCACAGUGCUCGGCCCGGCCCUAGGAGAGAGGCAUUUGAGCGCCAGGCCGCCGUUGGAAAUCAACCCAUCAUGCUCGUUGCCAGCCUCGCGCAUAUGGCCCACUCAGCAUCGACCGCCCCGGGCCUGACGAGGCACUAUAUAAGCCGGGCGCGCGCUCGAGCGGUCCUCACCAAUCGUCACCUUCUCUCGUUCCCCCCACUUUCGUUUUCCCGGCUCUCUCGUUACCUCCCGGC